AUGUCAAAUACACCUCCAAAUUUUGGUUAUUUGACAACUCACCCGUUGUCUUUUAGCCAAACAAGAACAAAGUAUGGUCGACUUCGAACAAAAGAUGGUCAUUACAUUGGAUCAAAGUGGAUUCGUCGAAAUAAAGACUGGUCAAGAAUUAAUUAUACUGUUAUGAUAAAAAUCGAAGUAGAUAUUUAUGCAAACUAUCCAAAACGACCAUCAGUAUUUGAAGUUCAAGAUUUCUAUGCCAUUUGUAAAGACAUUACCCGAUUUGAUGCACAUGAGUUUAUUGAUGCAUCAGCCAUUGAUCAUUGUGUAGACUUUAUUGAGAUUGAUAGGUUAUUUUAUAUUGUAGACAAAGAGAGCAGCAAAGACGACAUUAAUCAAUCCGAACACUAUUCGGAUGCAGGUUACGGAAUUCGAAAUUUCACGGUGACCGGUACAAUUAAUAUUACUUUUUAUCCGGUAUUCGAGAAUGAAUUCUUCUACAGAUCUCCAUUUCGUUCGGCUAUCGUUUAUGCGGUUAUUAAUGAAGGUCCUGGAAAAAAGAUCACUUUGAUCGGUUGGUCAAUGGGAACGGCUACAUCAGCAUUGUAUUUAGGAAAUUUUGGACAAAUUAAUGGAUUUGUGACUUUGUGGCAAUCUAGAAAGUCAAAAAGUUAA